AUGUCAACCAUCAAGCUAAAUUCACCAAGAGACAAAAAUGUACCGUAUGUACGAUUCAAUAAAAGAGAGUUUUCAUUUUUUAAAAUCAUUUUUCUAAAAUUAAUUCCGUUUAUUUUUGGGUACUGCUUCAUCUAUCUAUCUAUCUAUCUAUCUAUCUAUCUAUCUAUCUAUCUAUCUAUCUAUAAAUAUAAAAAGGCAAUAGGAAAACUUACUGUCACGUGUCAUGCUAUCUAUCUAUCUAUCUAUCUAUCUAUCUAUCUAUCUAUCUAUCUAUCUAUCUAUGUUCCAGUAAUUUACUAUCUAUCUAUCUAUCUAUCUAUCUAUCUAUCUAUCUAUCUAUCUAUCUAUCUAUAUAUAUAUAUAUAUAUAUAUAUACAUAUGCCAGGCUACCUAUCUAUCUAUCUAUCUAUCUAUCUAUCUAUCUAUCUAUCUAUCUAUCUAUCUAUCUAUCUGCCUGUCGUUGAGCUAGACGUCUAUUUUUAUCUGUUAUCUUACUUAGUUUACUUAGAAGAAAAUGUGCGGUAUCUAUCUAUCUAUCUAUUGUUAUACUUUAUCCCAACACGAUCUCUAACUUUCAUAAUCUAUCUAUCUAUCUAUCUAUCUAUCUAUCUAUCUAUCUAUCUAUCUAUCUGCCUACACACCUAA